AUGAGCAGUGCUCGCCAGCAGAAUAGUCCGACGGCCGUUGAGACCCUGCACAGGUCUCCAACCAGUCGUUCCCAUGGCGAUGGUGAAGACAACGAGCACUGGAGCGGAGAUGAGAGCACGGGUGGGGACCAGGAGGCCCAUGAGGGGACUGGCAAGAGGAAGAGGCCAAUGUCUGUGUCGUGUGAGUUAUGCAAGACGAGAAAGGUCAAAUGCGACAGAGGACAUCCGAGCUGCGGCUGGUGUCUGAGGAAUAAUCAGCUUUGUGAGUAUAAGGAGAGGAAGAAGCCUGGCUUGAGAGCUGGUUAUGGCCGAGAGCUUGAAGCACGACUGGAUAGGCUGGAGGAGGUACUGCAGAGACAGCAGGCUACUAUUACCCAGCUCAGCACCAAUGGGCUGCCUGUUGCUCAAACAUCUCCCCGACAUGAUGUUUCAGCCUUCAGAAGCACGCCCGCACUGCAGACGCCUCAUGUCCCAAGAGCGGAGACAGCGCUGUUUCUGCAGAAGCCCUCCGCUAGCUUCCCAUCAACGCCCGGCCUGAUUCCGGAUUACUCUGGACCCUUUGGAGGGCCGCAGACGCCAGGAAUGAGCCAGCGCACCCCAGAGUAUCUACCGUCUAUUUCAGCCGACGGUAUGCAGCAGCAAGCCAUCCCGGAUUUACCGGCAAUCGCGAAAAACCUCUAUCAUGCAAAUGAUCCGCAGCUGGGCUCACCGAGCCUCAACAGUGCAGCACAUCAGGCGUCAUUAGGCUCUCAGGAAGAUGACUUCCCCCCGUACGAUCUCCUGUACGCACUAACGGACCUUUUCUUCAAACAUAUCAACACCUGGUGUCCGAUACUGCAUCGGAGGAGUACCCUUGACUCUCUUUUCGGCUCCUCUGCAUUGGAUGAGGCGGACCGCAUCCUACUUCAUGCCAUCGUAGCGACGACCCUUCGGUUCUCGACCGAUACACGGCUGACUGCUGACAGUCGACAGAGGUAUCACGACGUCUCUAAGCAGAAGGUGCUACUUUACGGUCUCGAAAACAGCUCCGUCAAGGCUCUGCAAGCGCUUGUAAUACUGGCUCUGGAUCUUGUUGGUUUCUCCAAUGGACCGCCCGCAUGGAACCUGCUGGCUUUGAUUACCCGCUCAGUCGUCCAGCUUGGACUAUCGGUGGAGACGACUUCCUCAAUGGUGUCGCCCAAGUACGCAUCAAUCUACACGCUUCGUGCAAUGGUGCUACCGGAGCCAAAGGACUGGAUUGAAGACGAGAGCCGGCGAAGGCUUUUCUGGAUGGUUUACCUUCUUGACCGAUAUGCGACAGUCGCAACGGCCUUUGAGUUCGCGCUGGAUGAAAGGGAAAUCGAUCGGAGACUUCCGUGCCGCGACGAUUUAUUCUCCAGGAACCAGCCGGUGGACACCAGGUGGUUCCGGACUGCAGAGCGGACAGACUAUAGCAUGAACCGGCCAGAGAACCUAGGGUCUUUUUCGUACUACAUCGAGAUCAUCGGGAUUCUCACACAGAUUCACCAGUUUCUGAAAACGCCGGUGGAUAUUGGUUCGCUCUCAGACGUCGAAGAGUGGCAGGGCGAAUACCGAAAACUGGACAGCAUGCUCAACACCUGGAAGUUUAACCUUCCAAGUGAGUACGGCAAUAUGUCCCGCAUCUUCGGCGGAUCUACCGCCGGCAACAAGGUCGUCAAUUGCGGAUGGGUGUUAUUGCAUGCAGCCUACCAAACGACCGUCAUCCGCCUCCACUCCUCCGCCGCCUAUCCAACAACCCGCUCGCCAAUCUUCACUCCCUCCUACAGUGCAAGCCAGCGGUGCCUCGGCGCCGUCGAGAACAUCAGCGUGCUCUGUGACUACGUGAAAGCGAACGGCAUGCUGACCAAGCUCGGCCCUCCCUUCGCCUUCUCCCUUUGGGUCGCCGCCCGCGUCCUACUCGUCCACGGCUCAACCAUCGAUCACCACGUCAAUCCCACCAUCAACAUUCUCGUCGACACCCUUCGCGAGAUGGGCGUGUACUGGCAAGUCGCUGAGCGCUACGCUUUCCUGCUCCAGCGCGUACUGGACGAGUACAGCGAGUCGCAGGCCUCGAACGGCGACCGUGUCACCCCGUCCACCGUCAAGAUUCUCGCGGAUAUGCGCCGCUGUGCUUUCGAUCUGGACUUUUUGAUCAGCCGCCUCCCAAGGCAGCAGGCGGCUGCGACAACACGCGUGCUUCCGGCCGCUGUGACGCCCGCCGUAAGAACCCCGGCGCCGAACGAGCUCGAGUAUCUGGAUGUGUUCGACUUCUUCAACAUGCCGAGGCUGCCCGUGUCGAUGGAUGCGCCGUCUGGUGUUGCUGCUUUGGGUAUGGGCGGUGGCGAGCAGAUGUCCAUGCAGGAAGGUGUGAACAACGAGUUCAACAUCACGAACUUCAUGUUUGAUGCGAACUCGGAUUGGUUUGUGAAAGACCAGGCUUGA